AUGGAGGCCUUUGCACCCGGAGCCACGGUGAUCCACUCCGUUAGCCAGAAAGUGCACAAAGUUGGCGAUGACCGCCGGCUGCUGUGCCGAGCCCGUGUUGCCGAGCAGAUGCUGCGUCUCUUGGAAGUCCCGGAGACCAUGUCCAGCUCGGAGGAGACAGCAAUGGAGCCGGUCCAGGAGGAGGAGCCGAACAGCCGAUCGCCAGCCUCUUUCCAAAGCUCCCGCUCGCGGUGCAGCUCUUUCGCCAACACGUCACAACCACUUCCUGGAGGAGCCGGGUACGAGCGGGUACGAGGUGUCCAACUUGAGCAGCAGCGGCGUGGGCCGAAUCCCCGUGUGCCACCCGUCUCCUUCGGGACCACCUUGCAAGGGCUUGGCCGUUCCUACAGCGGCAUAGUGCUCAAGCCCGCCGAGCCGACAGAGCCCGGGAAGAAGCGGGCGAAGACCGAGCCCGUGCCUUGGGGAGUCUUGCCAGCAAUGGUGCGUGCUGAGUUGCAGCGGGGCAUUCCGAUCCAUCUCGCCGGCAAGAGUGUGGCGGCUCUUUCACCGACGACUCGAGCCGUCGCCCAGACCGGCAUCGCGGAACAUGAGGUCAACGUGGUGCGCCCGGAGUUCACCAUCGGCAAGGCCAUGUUUUCGCACCAAAAGCUGGGCGAGCUGCCGAAGCAGGUCCCGGCCUUCCUGAUCAGCCGCUCAGACACGCUUGCCCAGACCGUUACGGUGGAGCUUGACCAUUCGUUCAUGCAGAUUGCCUUUUGCUCGAGCCAGAGGACAGCUAGGACCAGCAGGACGACUGCCGCCAUGAGCAGGCCUCCAGCAACAUCGCGCAAGGUCGGGCGCGUGGUGGUGCUACUGGCGCUGUUCCUGGUGUGUUUGCCAGAGCCUAAGACCAGCGCAUUGAACAGCGUUAGAAGUGUUCCCGAGCAGCUUCAGGCGAGCAACGCGGACGGCGCGGGCUUUGCUUGGAGCGGGGGCCGUGCCGUUUUCGAGGUGGGAUGUGAUGUAUGGCAUGGAGUGCCGAAGAUGCGCAAGCCAGAGCGAGGCGACGACCGAGGCGUUCUUGCUGGUGAGGGCUUCACAGUUCUAGCAAGCUUCGAUCAGGCGGUGAAGGCUGCCUCAGCACAGACUGCUGACCCGGUUGAAGAUGCCAAGCAGGCUGACGAGCAGCUGCAGCAGACGGUUCAGGAGACAGAGGAGAUCAAGCAGGACGAAGGCUUCGACGAAUCCACCGAGAAGGUUGCUAAUGCGCGGAAGUUUCUGGAGCUGGCUUUGGCGAGAUGGGUAGGCGCCGAGGAGGAUCUGAAGGAGGCGAGAGCGGCGCGGGCCUUUGCAUUCGAACAGUUUCGAGAAGCCGUACGGAACGGCGACGAAGAUGAGAAAAGGACUUGGGAGCAGGAGCGCAAGGAGGCCAAGGCAGAGUUCGAAAAGGCCAAGGCAGAGUUCGACGAGGCCAAGGAGGAGGCCAGAAAGGCCAGGGAGGAGCUCGAGAAAGCCAAAUCAACAGCACCCCUUCAGGUUUGUGGCCAGUUCAGCUUUGCAAGUGGCUGGACCCUGCAGGCGAAGGCAGCGCCAAGGGUCAUCAAGGAAGAAGAACUCGGUCCGCUGUCUCAAGCGCGCGUCCCUGCAGCAAAGCUACAGGAUGGACAGAGGCUUGUGGGGAUCGAUGCCUGCGUGAAAGCUUGCAUGGGCUUGAUCGAGAAGUACAUCAACCGAAGCGAUGUGAGUGUCACGAACCGCGUGCCGCCCACCUGCGCAGCAAGAUGUGCGCGAGGUGGGAAGACCACCUUCCUGCUAAAGCUUGGCGAGAGACUGGCCGAGGCUGAGUACCUCCCCAUCUUUGUGUCCUUCAACGGGGAAAGCCCCGUCAAACGGCGGGACAACGAGCUAGCGGACGAGUGGCUGUACCGGACUAUUGCGUAUGCGCUGCUCCCGGCCAACAGUUCGCUUCGUCAGGAUGUGGCAGACGAACUCGGAAACAAGACGUGUCAGAAGUCGACUCUGCAAUCCUACUUCGAGUGCCAGAAGAACGUUGUUUUGCUAGUCGAUGAGCUUAACCAACUGUUGCUGAGGGGCCCCACCCAAGAGGAAAAGAACGCAGAGCAAGAUGCCGCCCGCUUCAUGAAAAAUGUCUUCCUUGGCUCUGAAGGUGCCUACAUGGUCUUCACCUCCCACAUUCAGUCCACGGGGCUAGACUUGACCCAGUACAUGGAGGGCGACUCCGUUAGGGGGCUGGAAAUCACAGGCUUGCCAUUCGCAGAUGAGCUCGGAGAGCUGCAGAACAUGUCGCCAGCAUUUUCUGGCUUGACGCACAUGAAAGCAGCCUACUACUCAAGAGUCCCAGCACUCCUUUGGUCCUCGCACGAUGAUGGGUCUCUGCUCUCACAAAAAUUCUCACAAAUCCGGGAUGACCCGCAACAGCACCUUGCCGCCUUCUUGCGCGAGGUUUUCGCAGGCACCCCGAUGAGAGAGAUGGAGGCUUUCAGGCAGCUCACGGACGGCAGCCAAAAAGACAGACCAAUAUGGAUCCCAUGCUUCAUGUCGCACUUCCUUACCCAAUGUAGCAGUGCCUGCCCUGCCUGUGGUGUUCUUGGACGGUGGCUGCAAGGCAUGCAAGCUGCAGAGGAGAAGGAUGGCAAGGCGUGGGAGAAGAUCAUCGCCGUUGCCUUCGGCUUGCGCUACAUUUGGCAGCAGAUGGGCGGCGAAGAGCACGGAUGGCUGCAUGGACAUGAAGGGGCAGCAAUCCAGUGUCUGGAUGCCAACCCAGCGGCGAAGACUGUCGAGCAAGCAAUGCAGCAGCUGCCACAACCAUUGCAGUACCCAACCUUGCAGCUGGUGCUCCCGAGCCACGCACAGUUCGAGGCAGUAGACUUGUUCGCUGUGAGGAGAAAAGCAGACAGUGCUGACUUAGUCAUGGUGGCGCAGCAGAAGGAAGGCAGCGCCAGUGUCAACCACCCACGGCCACAGACUGCGAAGCAUGCUUACUGGAUGAGAGGAUCGUCGACGCAAAACGCAAAGACGAAAGAUGGAUGGAUCCUGCCCUCGCAAAGCGAGAUUGAAAAGUUCUUGGGACCCUCCUUGGCAGCUGCAGCACCAGCCACCUGGCGGGACCCGGUAGACUAG